GGAAACAACAAUAGUUCUUAGGUCUAUCUUCUGGCAAUAGAGUUUCUUUGAUAGACAAAUGGAAACCCCCGGAAAGCGGGGGCUAUGGCCUCAUCUGGUUUAUGCAGUUGCAUUUUGCCUUAUCGCCACUACUGCUGUAGCUGAUUACCAUCCUUAUGAGUACACUUCACCUCCACCACCAAGCCAGUACAAAUCACCACCACAUUUUAAGCGCAUUUGGCACCCACCUCCUAAGCAUUCUCCUCCUCCACCAUAUUACUAUAAAUCUUCUCCUCCUACAUAUGUUUACAAGUCUCCACCACGUCCUGCACCUUAUGUUUACAGAUCUCCACCUCCUCCAUCUCCAUCCCCUCCACUUCCUUAUGUUUAUAAAUCUCCACCACCUCCUCCAUAUGUUUACAAGUCUCCACCACCACCACCUCCAUCUCCAUCACUCCCUCCACCUUAUGUUUACAAAUCUCCACCUCCUCCAUCUCCAUCCCCACCACCUCCUUAUGUUUAUAAAUCUCCACCACCACCAUCACUUUCACCACCUCCUCCAUAUGUUUAUAAGUCUCCACCACCCCCAUCUCCAUCACCCCCUCCACCUUAUGUUUACAAAUCUCCAUCUCCUUCAUCUCCAUCCCCACCACCUCCUUAUGUUUAUAAAUCUCCACCUCCACCAUCACCUUCACCACCAUCUCCAUAUGUCUACAAGUCUCCACCACCUCCAUCUCCAUCACCACCCCCUCCUUAUGUCUACAAAUCCCCAUCUCCUCUAUCCCUAUCCCCACCACCUCCAUACAUAUAUAAGUCUCCACCUCCUCCAUCUCCAUCCCCACCACCUCCUUAUAUAUACAAAUCUCCACGACCACCAUCACCUUCCCCACCUCCUUCGUAUGUCUAUAAGUCACCACCUCUUCCAUCUCCAUCUCCACCACCUCCAUAUGUGUAUAGGUCUCUUCCACCGCCACCACCAUCACCACCUCUUCCAUAUGUCUACAAGUCUCCACCACCUCUGUCUCCAACACCUCCUCCUCCCUAUGCCUACAAGUCUCCACCUCCUCCAUCUCCAUCUCCACCACCUCCAUAUGUAUACAAGUCUCCACUUCCACCAUCACCUUCACCACCUCCUCCCUAUGUAUACAAGUCACCACUUCUUCCAUCUCCAUCUCCACCACCUCCUUACAUUUACAAAUCUCCACCACCACCAUCACCUUCGACACCUCCACCAUAUGUAUACAAGUCUCCACCUCCACAAUCACCCUCCCCACCUCCUCCAUAUAUCUACAAGUCUCCACCUCUACCAUCACCCUCCCCACCUCCCCCAUACGUCUAUAAGUCUCCACCACCUCCUUCUCCAUCACCUCGUCCUCCAUAUAUCUACAAGUCUCCACCUCCACCUCCACCAUCACCCUCGCCACCUCCUCCUUACAUCUAUAAAUCUCCACCACCACCAUCUCUAUACAUGUACAAGUCCCUUCCACCACCCUCGCUCUCCCCUCCACCUCCAUAUUAUUAAAAAUCACCUUUUCUUCCUCAUCGCUACAAGUCUCCAAUACCUCUAUCUCACCAUGCACAUCCUCCAUACCUUUAUAAAUCACCUCUUCCACCAUCCAAGUCUCCUCCUCUUUAUUAUUACAAGUCACCGCCACCUCCUAAAGGCUACAAAGAUUGUGGUUAUUUGUCAAUCUAGUUUCAAUUCAAGUAAAAAUAAUAGAUUGUUCAUGACAUUUUGUAUGGAUUUCUUGAAUAUAUUUUUGUGAAUAAUGAGGGGUUUAACACCCUUUUUGGAAGUCAAAUGUAUGAGAUAUUUAUUUGUAUCAUUUGUUGUAAUUUCAUUUUCAAAAGAAUUUAUUGUUGUUCUAAAUAUGGA